ACUCAAGAAGGAGUGAUGUAAACAGAAAAUGCGAGGUCUGCAAAUCGAAAUGCUGGGAGUUGUGGGUCAGUGAAAAUAUCCGGAAUUCGAAAUCAAAUAACCGCGCGGAGAGAAGACCCGCGCAGAGGUUAAUCGACCAAACAUUUUCAUUUAGCCUACUGUCGAAUUUUCUCCACUAUGAAAUGGGUCUCGCUGUUAUUGAUAAAUAGGUCGGGACGAUAUUAUGCGAGGCCAUCAUUCAGUGCAACAUACGUUUCUGAAUAUAUUGCCUAUUAACCGUGCGAGUGACAACAGCAGCCGGUAACUCGACAAGAUAACAUUAAGACUCAGAAUAAGGUCUUUGCAUUAGAAGAAUAAGACGGUAGCCUACAUCGCGUUUGCACUGAGUGCUCCGGUGUAUUCUGGUCAAGUGCUGGGAGUUGCAUUGCAGGGGUGGGUCUUCUGCAGUCGGGAGGAGCGCUCCAAGAGAGAUGCUUUUAGCAGCGGGUUUACUAGGACUUCGCGUCGCAUGCAGCUCAAUGGUGAAACGCUGGCUACGUGUCGUUUUGUAACACAGUCCGCACAAUUUGCUCAUCAAGCAAGCAGGCUACAUGAGCGAAUAGCAAAGAUAAGCCUCUUCGAUCGGGUGAGUAGAAAGAGGAGUGCGGACACCAUUUCCCGCGGAACGCCGGGCACCUGUGCCGUUUGAUGGGGAGACGUAAAUGAACUGAAAGGGGUUGCUGGUGGAGUUUCUCCCCUUUCCUUCACUGCGCCAAACGUAAACUCCAGUGAGGCAGCCACACGAUGUCCUCAGCUCAGGGCAGGGAUAUAUCAGACUACCAUCUGAGCGUGGUGCGGGACCCUCCUGCCUGGGAGGUCGGGGUGUACGUGGCCGGGUUCCUGACACUUUUGGGAGUGGUGGGGGUCAACUUGUGGAAGCUGUGGAAGUCUGGGGCCUUCCCCGCCCCCUCGCCGUUCCCCAACUACGACUACCGUUACCUGCAGCAGAAAUAUGGCAACUCCUACUCAGAAGUGAGGCAGAAGAGGGUUGUGGCCUCCAACCACCGGAGGGCGUCGACCGCCAGCCGGAAGCCCAGCUUGCAGCUGGGGGACACCCCGGACGGCCUCCGCGAGCUGGGGCCCCUGGAGCUGAUGAACCGGGACCUGGACGCCACGGGGACCCUGCAGCUGAACCGCUCCAUCUCCACCGACUCGCUGAGCUCCAUCUCCUCCAUCGCCAACAACUUCGGCCACGACUUCACGGUGGGGCAGCUGGAGGUGACGCUGGAGUACGAGGCCCGCUCGGGCCUGCUCUUCAUCUCCCUCCUGCAGGGGAAGGACCUCCUGGAGAGGGAGGAGGGCCACUUCCCCGGCUGCUUCAUCCGCGUCACGCUGAUCCCCGAGGAGCUCAACGUGGGGGUGUCCAGGGUGCAAGCGAACGCGUUCACGGUGCUGUUUGACGAGCGGUUCUCCGUGCCUGUGGACCCGGUGGUGUUAGACGAGGGCAGCCUGCGCUUUGAGGCAUUCGGCAUCGACUCGGACGAGAGGAACAUCAUCGCAGGGACGGCGGAGCUCAAGCUGUCCGACCUGGACCUUACCAUCAGACCCUUCAACGCCUGGCUGUACCUGCAGGACCUCAACAAGGCUGUGGACGCUGUCGGGGAAAUCCUUCUGUCACUGAGCUACCUACCCACAGCCGAACGGCUCACUGUGGUCGUGGCCAAAGCUAAGAACCUGGUGUGGACCAACGGCAAGACCACUGCAGAUCCAUUUGUCAAAGUAUACCUCCUCCAGGAUGGCAGGAAGAUCAGUAAGAAAAAGACCUCAGUGAAAAGAGAUGACCAGAACCCCAUUUUUAAUGAAGCUAUGAUUUUCUCUGUGCCAGCCAUCGUGCUGCAGGAGCUCUCCCUGAGGGUGACAGUGGCGGAGUGCACUGACGACGGCCGGGGGGAUAACGUGGGUCAUGUGAUCAUCGGCCCCGAGGCCAGCGGAAUGGGCAUUACCCACUGGAACCAGAUGAUGGCGACACUGAGGAAGCCGGUCUCGAUGUGGCACCCGCUGCGUCGAAACUAGCCCAGCCCCCAUCCCCCCUGACCCUCUCCCCAUCGUCACAGUUAUCUCUGCAUGGUGCCUAUUGUCUUACUAGUAUACGUGGAGGGAUUUGAGAGAGAAGAUGUGGAGUAAAAGAGCUUAUUUUUUCAGGAAACUGCUCUUUCUGUCUUUUGAAACCCGUUGUACAGUACAUGUAUGGUGUUAUUAAAAAAGCAAAAAGAGUAUAAGCAUAUACUGUAUAGGCAGAGGUCCGGGAUGAGUUUUAUAUCAGAUCUUUAAAACGUAUCUUGUAGAAAUUUAGGUACAGUAGCUUUUGGUAUGGAUGUGUCUUUGACUGGGAACAUACUGAUGUCCUGGGCUAAUUAAAAAUCCAGGUCCUCUUAUCCAGGUUUAUCAAUCUAUACUUCAGGCUGGCCAAAUCUCCACAAACACUCUCAAAGCAUGUGUAAUAUACAUGAUUAUGCUCUGCGUAAUAUUACAUGUUACAUCAUGUUGUAAGAAAUGUCAAUUAUUUUUCUUUUUUCUUUUCAGAAAGCCCCAUAAGAAAAUUGUUUUUCCAUUGCCACUGGACAGUAUUUAUUUAUUUGUUCAUUUCAUUAGUUCAUUUACACGUCUUUAUUUUUUGUAAAUUGUUGAUGUAAAGUUUGUACUUAAAUUGACUAUUUAUGACACCUGUUUUUAUGAGCCAUUCCAUUUUUACGAUCAAAUUAUUUAUGCCCAGAGUAAUUAUUGUCAAAGUACACAGGGAAACCAAGUCUUGGACUGCUUUUCUACUGGAAGAGGUUGAAAGGUUUUUUUUUCCCCUUCUCAGAGCCACGAAUGACACCAAUUAUCCUGAUGCCAAAUGUAAUUCAUUGACUGAACCUUAAAAUAAAAUCUUAAUAUGUGGUGGGUGUUAGGCUGCUUCACACAAUUAAAUCUC